UUGAUCAGUUGUCAGUGUGUUGGGAAAGCAUACAUUUUGCUACGCAGGCUAAGAAAUUACCUACUUUACAAAAUAUUUCUAUAUUGUAUUAUAAAUAGUGAUAGUAAUCUUAUUAAUCGUUAUUAUGUAUAAUAUGAGCAUGUCAAAUGCAGAUAUAUAAUACAGAUAUUGUAUAAUAUUAUACAAUGUCAAACCUAACAUAGCAAUGUGUGUAAACAUAACCUCUUCAUUUUAUAAAUUAUAUACUCAAUAGAUAGGAUUUCAAGGAGCUGAGGUACAAAAACGUACGUGUAUAUACACUCGAUAGUCUUCAUCGCGUUAUUAUUAAGUUAAUUGUAAAUAAUUAAGUAACACGAAGUAUGGGACGUAGUCGUACACCUUCACCUGGAAGAAGAAGAGAUCGGUCCCGAGAUCGAGAUCGGGAACGUGAACGAGAUAGAGAUCGCAGAAGGAGACGCUCUCGCGAAAGAAGAAGGAGAUCUGCUGAGCGAGAUCGAGUAAAAUCUAGAGAUAGAGAAAGGGAUCGUGAUCGUGAACGGGAUAGGCACAGACGUUCGUAUAGCAGAUCCAGAUCAAGAGAAAGAGAUAGACCUAAACCCAAAUUAAAACCCACAACAGAACGUCCUGUAAUUACAGAGGCUGAUCUUCAAGGGAAAACACCAGAAGAACAAGAAAUGAUGAGAAUAAUGGGUUUUUGUGGUUUUGACAGUACUAAAGGCAAAAAGGUCAAAGGAAAUGACGUAGGAGCUGUGCAUGUUAUUCUCAAAAGAAAGUAUAGACAGUAUAUGAAUAGAAAAGGAGGAUUCAAUAGACCAUUGGACUUUGUAGCAUAAAAAUUAUAAGUUUAAUGAUUCCAUAAAAUUUUUUGUCAUUGAUGGAAAUUCCUUAUUUUCUGCAAGUUCUAUUAUUGAUAAUAUCAUAAACUAUAAAUUUAAUCAGAAUAAUAAGAUGUACAAACAAUA